UUUUGCAGAAUGCAUCUGGCAUCUCUGCAUACAAAUAUUAUUAAAUAUUAACAAGUAAACAGACGAAAUUAUCCUCAAGUGUUUGCCAAAAAAUUUACUACAAAUGGCCUGCUGUGUGCAACGGUGCGCUGGCGGGUCCCAGUUGGUGGAUUUCCCGCAGGACCUCUGGUUGCAAAAGCGCUGGUGGGAUGCUAUUCGAGAAGGAACCGGCGAAACGCAAACCCCACCCAAGCAGGAAGCGUGCGUCCGCAAAAUAUGCCUCUCCCAUUUUGUACAACCGGAGGUUUUAAUCUACCAGGAACCGACGCGUUUUGUCAACAAACUGGGACAACCGGUGGAACUAGCCAGCUGUCGGCUGUGCCUUCGGUUCCAUCCGAAGACGCAAAUGUUUUCCGUUGAUGGCUCAAUGUGCGGUCAAACCUUAUCCAGUAUUAUCCUGCAAACGCUUAGAGUUCGUGUAAAACCACUGGAAUUUCUGCAGCAUAUUUGUCUCGGGUGUUUCGUCAAACUGGACAUGAUUAGGACAAUGCAAAACCAAUGUCUCAUGCGAGAUGUAACCUAUCGUUCGCUAGAAUUGAAAACGAUCCUGUUAGAAUCCGUCCCCACAGCAAAACAGGUGAAGCAGGAACCUGUUUCACUGGAGGCAACUGCACAGGAAGAGAGCUGUGAACUGGCAUUUGAAGUUACGAUAAAAGAAGAGACGGAUUGUGUGCAGCUCACCAGUAACCCAAAACCAAAAAUGGUUUCGAAACUCGGUCGAGCGAAGAAUGCCACUAAAAGGAAGAAGUAUAAACCAAGGAAGAAAGGCAAAGUCCUGCGGGAAUUACCGCCCAAACAGGUAAGAUUGAUUUCGAUUUGCGCUAAAACUUGCUACAUUUGUAGUACCAAAAUUCUGUUCACCACUACUGAUGAGUUGUACAGUCAUCUAACGGAGAAGCAUGCUGGUCAGAUUGAUUACGUUUGCGAACUUUGCGAGGGACGGAAGUUUCCGUUGGUUUCGAAUUACAACACACACCUCAGUCUGCACGAUCCGGUUGAACGUCCACUGAAGUGCAAUUUCUGUACCAUACGAUACUCGACAAAGAAGGGACUGAUGGUACACGAAAAUCGACUACACGGAACGAACCACCCGCUGCCAAAACUAUGUAAACCUAAAAAGAUGCAGGCACAGUGCGAACAGUGUGGUAAAAUUUUCCCGUCAAUGGGACGCGCUAGAGAGCACAAACUGGUAGAGCACGAAAAUGGUGUAGCAGCGCAGUGUAAAAUCUGUCUCAAGACGUUCGUGACGAUUGCCAACCUGCGACGGCACAUGAUAGUUCACAGUCAGGAACAUCCGUACGAAUGUAACAUUUGCGGGGUACGCUACCGAGUUAGUACGGAUUUGAGCAAACAUGUUCUUUCCGAUCAUCAGGGUAAGACUGCUUAUCACUGCAAGGCAUGCAACGUUUCCUUUGAGACUAAAAACCAGUACUAUAGACACAGAAAUCAGGUGCACACCAAGCCGACUCGGAAGCCUUACCGCUGCCGGCUCUGCCCGGAGGUUCCUUUGACCAGUCGUGAUCUUACCGUUCACAUCGAAAACAGCCACCCGACUGACGAUUACCCAUACAAGCGGUGUGCGGACUGUCCGGCUAAGUUUUUUACCGGGAUGUCGCUUGGUGUGCACGAGCGUACGAAGCAUGGAAAACCCGGCAAGGGAGGAUUGCCCUACCCGACGUCGUAUGUAUGCGAUCUGUGUGGGAAGAAGUACAAAAACAAAAACAGUCUCAAAAUUCACAUGGCAAAUGUGCACGACGGCGAGCGGAUGUUCGCGUGUGAUGUUUGCGGCAAGCAGUUCGCCUUCCGCAGCAACUUGUCCCGCCAUCAGCAAAUGCACAAGGAGGUGAAGCGGUUCUCGUGUGACUUCUGCGAGCGAACCUUCGCGCAGAAAACGGCCAUGAUGAAUCACCGGCGGAAUAUUCACACCGGCGAGACGGCGUUCGACUGUCCGGUUUGCGGGGCUGGCUUCAAAGAAAGCUCGACCUACUAUCGGCAUAAGGCCGCCUGCAAGCAGAACUCGACACAGGGGAGUGGUUGAUGACUGGAAGCUACAUGAGCUCUAUGACACAUACUUUUCAAGGAUUAAAGAUCGAAUAAGUUCUAAAAGUGUAGUUUUUUAUUUUUUCAAACUUGAUAUGUAUUGAAGCCAAUAUACACAACCAUAUCACAAA